CAAUCAUUUUUUUUGGCAUGCGGAAAAUGCGAUGGCGAUGGAGAGAAGCACAGAGAUGGAGGGAGGGAAAGAAACCGAAACCGAAACCGAAGAGGUAGAAGAAGACGAUUGUUCAUUUAUCUGGGACGAAACCAGUCAGCUCUACUUCCACUCCAGAAGUGGCAUUUACCAUGACCCUAAUGGUGGCUGGUACUAUAGUAGUAGAGAUGGGCUUUAUUACAAGUUUGAGAAUGGAAGUUAUGUGCUUUUAGAAUCUGACAAGGCUCAUGGUUUAGAAUCAAAUAGUUCCUCAAGAAAUGUUCCUAAUAACCCCAUUCAAAAUGAGUCAUCAAGACAGGUUUAUUUCAAUAGUGAGGAGAAUAUUUCUUCAUUGCCAGCUGAUCAAUCUGAUGCUUACCAAUGUAGUGGAGGCGAUGCUCCUGAUGGAAAUACCCUUGGACAGAAAGACUGUAACUCCAACCAAGCAUCCGAAAAUCCACCUCCGCCAUCAGAGUGGCUAGAAGAAACACUUAUCAACCUUUAUCUUUCUGGCUAUAACCAAGCAGUGAAUAGUUCUAAUGUUUCAACAAUGUCGUUUGAAGGAAAUGAUGGGGAUCAUUUCAACUGUUCAACCGAUGGCACAUCUCAUGAUGAUAAUCAGAUGUCAGAAGGUGAUUGGGUCUCAAAGCAGCAUUGUAGCUUAACUGAUCAGCAUGAAAGUAUUAUAGAUGAAGAUGCUUUCAGGGAUGAAGAAAACUGGAAAGCUCAGUAUGGUCAAGUAGUUCAUUCUGGAGAACAGCCAGUGCUGGAUUUUCAUGUUGUGGAGUUGUGGGACUGGGCAGUGGUCACGGGUUUUGGAAAGGAUAGAAAAGGUCAGACAUCUAGGCUGGUUGGACGGCUGGUGAAACAGUCUGCUAAGCUUCAUCCUUCUAUGCCUUCCAGUGGUGGUCGUUUUAAAAGUGCUCCAAUUUGUGAAGCACAUCUUGACCUGGUACGGGUUAGAACAGGGCAAGUUUAUAAGUUGCGUACUCCUAGUGCAAGAUAUCUGUCUUCCUUGGCAAGUUAUGAUUCUUCCAACCCAACAAAAGAUUGGGGUUUCCCUGAGUUAUCUAUCAAUAUUGGAGAUAUUUCCUUGACAAAAUCCCUUGGGAAAAGUGAAGCAAAAUUAGCAGAUGAAGACAUUGAUUUCAAGGAGAUGUUUAUGCCAUCCAAUCAACUCUCCACAGCCAAGAAGCAAAGAAUCCAUGAGUACAGGGAUAGAGCUGCUGAGAGAAGAACCUUGCAUGGUGGUUUCGGUGUGGGCCCUGGGCAAAAGAGUUCAUUAGCUGAUGACGUUGGUGGUUCACCAUCUCCUUCCACUUCUACAGAGGAAGCUGCAGCUGAAGCCUUGAACAUGUCAUUUGGAGCUGGUAGUUAUGCCAGGAAACUACUUGAAAAUAUGGGCUGGAAUGAGGGUGAGGCUUUAGGCAACAGCAGAAAGGGUUUAAUCACACCUAUAGAAGCAGUUGGAAAUAUGGGCAGUGCUGGACUGGGGUGGCCUCAGCGCUGAACUACUGAACUGAAUAACAAAACACUGACGUUUUCCUCCUUUCUUCCUGCUACAUUUGACCAAUCCUAUCUUUGUACAUAAAUGAUGCUUUUUUUUUUUUUUUUUUUUUUUUUUUUUUUUUUUUUGA